CUCCCGAAACCCUCCGCGGGGUCAUGAAUAACGUCCGAAAACAUAACAAUCCUCCGAACCUAAUAUAAGUACCUUCGACACACAUAGGCUACUCAAUUGGGUCAUAUCUACUUUGCAAUUCUCUCGAUAUGUUCUUGUCUCCCUUGAAAUUCGCAUCUAAGUCAUCCGUCGCUCGCCAGGGCUUCAGCGGUGUUUUCAACACCUUCUCCAAGGCUCAAAAGACCCAGUCUCUCUUGAGAUCUGCAAGAUCAUUCCACCAAUCCUCCAAUGCGAAGCAUGCUUCUGUCACGCCCUUGAGAUUGGGGUUAUUAUUUGGGCUAACUGGUUCCACCUAUUUCUUGGCCUCCAACAGAGCGGUUUAUCACAACGAUUUUGCUUCCGCAACCAACGCAAUUGUCGACAAGACCGGCAAAGUUCUCAAUGAAAACAAGCCAGUGGUCGUUAGACAGCGAUUUGGGGGUAAGUUGAACUACCACGAGUUGUCUAUUGGUAGCAUCACGGGGUUGUUCUUCGGUAUCAUUGUUGGGAAGUUGUCCCACAUUUUGGUUUUUGUGACGGUCUCGGGUUACUUGGGUUUGCAAUACUUGCAGAGCAAGGGGAUCAUCACUUUGCCUACUGUGAACAGGGUGGUCAAGGUAGCUGGCUCUAGAGUGGAUGUUGACGACUUGGUCUGGAACAACCAGAGCUUCAAGCUCAGUUUCGUCUCUGCCUUUUUGGUUGCCGCAUACAACGUCUAGAUCUAAUACAUUGUUGUGCAAUUUGUUGUUCUGUGAAUUUCACUUAAAAUAUCUUUCUUUGUCCCGGCAUUGAAGAAUAAAAUAUCUAAUGUUUACUCGGCGUGUAGCAUAGACUAUGGGAUGUGUAUGGCAAGAGUGAUUGCUCGCGUCUAGAGAAGCAUGAUAUUGCAUUGGUUAUAUCAAUAAAAACAUUCUAUACCCUGUUAAAAGGAUGAACAGGAUAUAUCCUGACGGAGAAAGGAGUCCCAGCUACCGACUCUUGAUGGGUAAUUGCAUGCAAGGAAUACGCGGGGUUAUUUCCGAGAACGUGCGGCUCACUCAUCCCACUUCGUAUCUUUCUACCAGACUAAGAUCUUGACAGUG